GUAACCACCUGACAUCGUUUGGGAGCUCUUUCUUUGUGAUGCCCAACUACGUAGACGUGUCGCUCACAGCUCAGUACUUUGCCACAGUGAAUGAGAACUAUGUGGUGGUGGCGUUGCUCUCUGCCUUCUUUGGCCUGUAUCUGGUCACUCUGCUCUGGGCCUGCUAUGCAGACAGGAGGGCCCUCACCAGGAGAAAGAUGACACUACUGAAGGAUAACCACCCAUGUGCCAAUUAUAACUACCUACUGAAUGUCCAGACUGGCAGUCGGAGAGGGGCGGGUACCUCUGCCAAUGUAAGACGGGGUGGUAACUGAGUAGAUCCUUCAUUCUGUGGUCAGUUUACUUAGCAUAGGAAUUAGAUAAUUAGAGUAUUUUUUUAUGUAGGUGACAGUCAAG